GCGAGGAGGAGGAGCUGCUGCUUGUCACCGAACAGCAAACAUGUCCGACCGAGUUGUAGAAAUCCUCAGAGAAGGCCGCAUCUCGUUGAGCUCCAUCCCGUCAGGGCGACAGCUGCCCAGGACGCCUCCUCUGACGAGCGUGAAGACACAGCUGGAUUUCUCCAACGCAGAUUCAAUCCACGAGGGCGAGGAGCUCCAGCAGAGUGCGGCGACUGAUGGGAGCGAUCAAGGUGACGACAACCAAAACACAAUGUUGGCCUUCAACACAUUUGGGAUAAAACCAGAACCAGAGGACCCCAGCUCCUUGCUGAGAGGGAUGACCGGCUACCAGCUGACUCAGGCGGACUCUGACUUCAUGGAAAAGAUGAGGCUGGAGAAACUUAUUAAAAAGCUGCAGGGAAAUCUGGAGGAGCUGCAGAGGUCGUUGGUGACGGAAAGGACGUUGUUGGAGCUGGCGUUGACUUCCAGGACGAAAGCACAAGCUGGACUCCAAACGCUCCCGUCCUGUGAAGACCUCACCGAGUGGGUGAAGGUGGCCCUGAGGAUGACCUCGACCGAGGUCACGCACCUCGACGUCAAGUCUCUCCUCGCCACAGUGACGAGAACCGACAUCCAAAGAGCCACGGAUGAGAAGAUGAAGGCGCUCGGCCGGAUGGAGAAGACGGUGGCAAAAAAGAGGAAGAAAGAGGCUCAAGCCAAAGGGGAGCUUGAACAACAAGUUGCCCGUGAGCAGCUGGAGAUCCAGGGAUUAAUGAGCCGGUUAUCAGACCUGAAAUCUGAACUUGGCCAACAAGAGGAAGUCUCUAAAGCUCUUGAACUGCAGAUCAAAGCACCAGAGAUCCGGAGGUCUGGAGCUGUGGAUCAGGAUCAGGAGGAGAGGGCCAAAGGGCUGCGGCAGAGAGUCGAGGCGCAGGAGUCUGCGAGAGGGAGGAAGAAGCCUCCUGGACCCGGGGAGGUUCCUCCUCCUGGACCCGGGGAGGCUCCUCUGCAGGGGAGGAAGCCUCCUGGACCCGGGGAGGUUCCUCCUCCUGGACCCGGGGGGGCUCCUCUGCUGGGGAGGAAGCCUCCUGGACCCGGGGAAGCUCCUCCUCCUGGACCCGGGGAGGCUCCUCUGCAGGGGAGGAAGCCUCCUGGACCCGGGGAAGCUCCUCUGCAGGGGAGGAAGCGAGCUGCAGGAGAAGAGGAGGCGCAGCCCCCUGUUCUGAGGAGAUCCAAGAGGAUCGCCAGCAGGAGGUGAACUGGUCCAUAGCUUUGAAGGCAAUG